AUGGGGUUUGCUUCAUCAUCUCGUGAAGUCAAGUUGAAGAUGAUGAAAACCUCACACACUAGGAAGACCACGAGGAAGCUAAAUCGUUUGGCGCGGAGGAAAAAGUUGUCACGAAAUGUAAUAGAUGGGCUGAAGGAUAUCAAAGCAAGAAGAUCCAAGGAAUCCCGAAAGCGGGUGCUCAAUAUAGAAGACGAUUGGAUUGACGACCGUAACGUCCACUACGGUGACGAAGCUGAAGAUAAUCUGCCUCUAGAUAUGUUGGAUGCUGACGUUGACUGGGAAAACAGUGCAUUUGCUGGAGUGGUACGAAGACGCAAUCGGAACUAUUUCAACAUAGAGCUCGAACACCCCUGCAGUCGGGAAGAUGACGGCGAUAUUGAAAAGAAGAAGAGGAAGUUUGAAGGACAUCUGGAUGAUAAUCUAGAGGAAAUGCUGCCAAUCAAGUUGAAGGAUGGAAGAGUUUUCCGUCCCACUCGAAAAAAGAAUGUGGAAAUAGAAGACGAACCGGAGCAAGAUCAAGUGAAAGAGGAGACUAAGGUCGAAUUCGAAGAUUUCCGUGGGCUUAGCGCUGUUGAAUUGCUCCUAAAGAGGAAGGAAAUGAUCCAGCAGUUCAAGCAAACGAUUUCCGGUUACGCUCAUGACCUUCUCACGGAUCCCCAAGAUAACAUCUAUAGGCUGCGCGAUUUGUUUCAACUGUGUCAAGGAGAAAAAGUACAUUCACUGGUUCGAGAGUCGGUUCAGAAACUGGCUUUGCUUAGUAUUAUGCAGGCUCUUAUUGACAUCAUCCCUGGCUAUUCUAUCCGUGAACUUAAUGAAGAAGAGAAACAACAGAAAGUGAAGAAGGAGACAAAGAAAGUGCGAAAUUUCGAAGAAGUUCUGCUGCGGUACUACUUGAAAUUUCUCCAGUUUUGUGAAAAGAAGAUGGAAAAACUCAACAUCCGAGGUCGAAAACUUUGCGAAACUUCUUUCACAUACAAGUUGGGUAUGUUGUGCUUGAAGUCCAUGAGCAGAUUUGUGAUAUAUGUUCCACACUUCAAUUACGCCACUAAUAUCCUUUCUGCACUCAUUCAUCUCUCUCUGAGCAAUUCUUCGGCUGUUGUUUCCGAAGUGUGCAACACCCUGAAUCAAGUGUUUCGCGAGGAUCUGCAUCUGCGAAUGUCAUUAUUUGGUGCUAGAAGUAUCGCGUCUUUGGUUAGCAAGCGCAAAGGUUGUGUACCUCCUCAGCUGAUUGCUACACUCCUUUCCUUGAACAUCAAAGAGGUGAAGGAUGAGAGCAAGAAAUCGAGGAAGAAACUUAUUCAAGCGAAAAGGGCUAAAUUGAAGAAGGAAAGAGCGAAUAAAACUGUGAGAAAGUACAAAAAGCAACUGGACAAGCUAGAAGCUGAUCUAAAGGAACUGGAUGCUGCCGAGAAUCUUUCUACGAAAUUGAGGACGGCAACUGAGACAAUGAGACACGUCUUUCAAUGCUAUUUUUCGGUUCUCAAGCGAGUGCCAAACGUAGCACUGCUUGAGCCUGUAUUAGAGGGUCUGAGCAAAUUUGCUCACCUUUUAGGAGUAGAAUUUUUUGAAGAUAUUGUUUCCACUAUGGAGAAUCUUGUAAAGAGAGAGGGUCUUCGUCUUCUGGAUCGAUUAUAUUGCAUCAAUACGGUGUUUAUUGUUCUGUCUGGAGAUGGGCAGCUACUGAAUAUCGAUCCUUCACGCUUUUAUCGAACUAUUUAUCGGUUGAUUAAUGAACUACCUUUCGAAAGGAAACCAGAGGUUAGGAAGAAGCAGGUAUGUGUAGCUGCAGCCGUCCUUGAUUUGAUGGUAAACGAUCGCAGAAAACAGGUAUUUGAAACAGCUCUUCAUUUAAGCCCCAGAAAUUCUAGUUGUGAUGCUCUUCCUUUGAUUGAUUCAUUAUUUCGCUUCGUCAUUAUCGAACAUCCAACAUCAUCUAGUGAGUAUGAUUUCUGUCUCCCAGAGCUAACUGACCUAUAUUUGCUUAAGUUGCCGCUGUCUCGAGUAGCUGCAUUUGUUAAACGGGUUCUCUCGAUAGCAACUAUUAUGGACGAUCCAUCAGCGCUAUGUUUGGUUGCGCUCGUGCGAAGUUUCUUCAUUGCACACCCUAAACUCGUUCAACUGGUAGAGGAGGAUGACUUAGAAGGAGGUGCUGGAGGUGUGUUCCGUCCUGACAUUGACGACCCGGAUGUGUCAAACGCUCUGAGCAGCAAUGUCCGUACCGAGCUUAAAAUCUUGUCCCGGCGCCGACACCGUUCGCUGAGUCAGUUUGCUCAAAACGUUCUCCAUUCUGUACCAUCAACGGGGCCGUUGAGACUCAAUCCUCAGCUGACAUCUGUAAAGCCGUGGAUUUUAAUGGAGCACGAAUUUGAAAUGGAAGAGCACUCACUGGACGUUAUGAAAUACGUUGAAGACAUGCGAAAAAAUCUGAAGGUACGUGAAACUUUGUAG